GGGAGAAGGGGGCAGAAUAGGUGGGGGAGGGCUGGAGGAAGAUUGUACCAAUUUUCCUUUUGGAGGACCAGCGGACUUUUGGAAGAAAGCGGUUAAGAAAUUACUUUAUUGCUCUAAAUUAUUUCUGUAUUUGACAGAUUAAAUAAAGAGUAAACUAUCAACAGAACGCUAUCCAUUUCCACUCAUUUCAGGACAUUAUGAUAAUCAGCGCCCAAGUAUUGACACUAUAAUUUGCAGAUCAGUUUAUGGCGUAUUUGAUUGACUUAGAUGAAAAAAAAGGCUUAACUAAGUCUUAACAUAUCACAAAGGAAAAUAAAACAUUUAUAAAAGUUUGAUUUAGUCUUGAAUCUAAAGUUGGUUUGUCAUGAACCUCAAAAAUACACGGUAUGAAUUGCAUUACCAUGUGUUUCCUCUCGUAAAAAUAAGUAUACAAUCCAAUGUAUAAAAUUACACUGACGCUCAUAUUCGGCUGUUAUCUCGGUCAUGAACUAUGCCGGCCCUUGAAGGCAGGUGGCCAUCUAAUCAAUGUUGCGUGAAGAACAGGAAUCAUGAGCUUGCAGAAAAUGCAAGCGAUUACAAUGUUGAAGCGAGAAUUGUUUGUCCCGUGCUAACACUGUGCCUGGGGAAUAACGUCCAAUCCUCGGCGCUCUUAUUGCUGCACAACUUUUGAUGUCAUUAAUGCAAACACGCUUGCACUGCCCGAGUGGACGUUUGUCAACCAAUUUCUUUGAAAACGUUUGUAACCUCAGAAGGGGUAGUUGCCAUAUACCAGGUGUCACCAAGUGGGAUAUUCGGCAGAAAGUUUGGGAUUAUAUGGAGGAAAACAAUUUGGCAAACUUCCCAAGACCUGUUCACCACAGAAUCCCGAAUUUCAAGGGUGCAUACGAUGCCUGUAAUAAAAUCAAAAACCUAGAUUGUUUCAUCAAGGCAAGAGAGGUGAAGGUGGAUCCCGAUAAACCACUUGAAGGAGUCCGUUUAUCUGCUCUCCAGGCUAGAAAAACAUUGUUGGUCCCAACACCUAGGUUGAGAACAGGACUGUUCAAUGAAAUUGUUCCACCUCCUGGAGCCUCAAAGGAAAUAUUAAGGGUGUGUUCUACUGCUCAGGGAGUGAAGGACUUCAGUGUACCUGUGAGACUUGAUGCGAAAGUUCACAUAGACCUAGUUGUGGUGGGCUCUGUGGCUGUAUCUAAGGAAGGCUGGAGAAUUGGGAAAGGAGAGGGCUUUGCCGACUUGGAGUACUCCAUGAUGGUGUCGAUGGGAAGCAUUGAUGAGAAUACAGUUGUUGUUACCACCGUACACGACUGCCAGGUGGAUUCAGGGAUGAUGAAAAAAAUUCCUAUCCUAAAAAGCUUUCACUUCAGGGAAGAGCAAGCAGGCAAGGAUGUUACGCUGAAGGAUGAAAGCUGCAUCGAUACAAAAGAAAUGAUAAGGAAAGGUGCAACCACAACACUAAUGGAAAAACACCUAUCUGGAAUGGCUGGAAAUUGCGAUGAGUGUGAAAAACAAACAGAAUUUGACUCUAAAAGACAAACUAAUCCUCUAGGCAGAGUUACUACUGUGUAUAUGGGUAAUAUACCUCAAGAUAUGAGAGUCAGUAAAUUGAAGAACAUUUUGAGAGAUCACAAUGCAGUUCCAUUACGUCUAAACUGGCAGGGUGCACAACACCGAGCUUUUCUUGACUAUCCAGAUGAGAAAACUGCAGAAGCUGUUGUAACUUCACUCUCAGGCUUAAGUUUAAGCGGGAGUACCAUCAGAGUUAAACUUGCCAACAAGAAGCGUGACAAUUGAGAAGUCAAACAAAUGCACAUGUGAACUGACAGGAUCACAUCAUAAAAAUGUUAAUAUCAAACUUUAAAUGCCAAAAAUAUUAUUGUUCUUACUCAAAUGUAUAAUUAAAGUGGAAUCAGUUCUUGUA